UUUUACCACACUUUUUAUCAUUGGAUGUCAAAAUUUAAUAAUUGAAGGAACUUGUAUUUGCCCAUCAUGUUUUUAUGCCCUAUCGCACUGAACCUUGAACGGGGGCAUCAAGGAUGUCAACACGGAAGACAAUGGGUUCCUCUUCUCCACUCGUCCCUGUCCUCCAUCAGUGAGUGGAGUACUGCUAUGGUGAUGUUUCUCAGCCCAGCAUCCCUCUUAUUUACAUUAAACUUGGAGUCUGUAGAGGAUGCAGGUUGAAAUUUACAUGCUGUGGCCUAAUCAAAUUAAUAAUGGCGAUCGUGAAUUGUGCUGUUAUCAGUGAUUGAAGCUACCUUCCUUCCCCAGCAGGUACAGCUUCUAUCGCCAUGGUGGUCAUCGCUAGGACCUGGUUACUCCUCCUGCUGUGCUGCAGGCAGGCAUGCGCCGUACAUGUCACACCGCCGGUACCAGGGAACAAUGUAAACAGCGCUAACCGAGACCGCCAUCUUAGAGAGCAUCGCCCACAUCAUGUCAUGCAGACUGGUGAGAAUUUCACUACAAAUAUCAGCCGGGUAACCAGGAAUCAUGACCGAGGUUUACUGAGGUCUGAAGUGCUGAACCUGAACUUGCUGAGAGGGCAGCUGUUGGCAUCAGUAGACAUGACCUUCCGCUCCCUCAGCUGUGACGUCACGGUGGCGUGUAAUGGCGGGAAACUGAACACCUGUUCGUGCGGAGAAGAUCGUCUGCGCGCAUGCGUACUACCCAUGGCCCGGAUCACACACAAGUCCUGGUCACAGUACGACCCCAUGACGCUCUUCUGUGUAGGAGUCGAGCUGGCAUCUGGCAAAAACGGAACCAACUACGAAUUACUGACCCGCUGCAAGACCAAAGGUGUCGGAAAAGUCAAAUACAGAGUUUAUGUCAAAAGGGAAGACAAGAAUGCUGCUCUGGACGAAACGCAAGCAACCGUUCGCUACCGAGCAUGCCUGGAACCACUGAAAGAUUAAGUUGUGGUUCAUUCUGUUAUGAGAUAGAAAAUCACGAAUAGCGUGGUUGGUCAUUUUCUUACAGCGAAUAUAAAAGACAUUUGAUUUGUUUUGAUGUGUACACCAUCUUUGUUUUUUCUUCAUUGUUAUAACUACCUUACUUUUGUUUUUGUUGAUGUUACUUUGAUAUGUUUGUGUAGAGAGGAGACUGUCUAGAUGAUUAAGGUAUCGUUUUUUCGCAAUCUCCCAAAAAAAUUUAAAGAAGAUAAAAUAAAAAUGAAUAUGAGACCUAACAUCUACACGUAGGAAAGACGUUUGCUCUGAAGACACUUAAACACUUCACAGCAAACGUCUUUUCAUUAACACAUUUUAGAAAAUAUCUAUAAUCAUUGUAUUGCAUGCUCCGUAGCAAGAACAAGUUGAACCCCGCAUUCCCGCAAAAAUAUUAAUGCAUCGUUUAGGUGUCACCAGUGUACGUAUACCAUGGUGUUAUUAGCCAUGCUGCGCUCCCCUCCCCCUAGCUACGGUGUACAGCAAGUGCGAAAAAAUGGAACAAAACAUGAAACAAAACACACAUUAGAUCACCA